ACUUCGAUAUGAUCUGAAGAAGAACCCUUCAUUUCCGUCGAAACCCUCUCCUCUGUUGUUUUCUUGGUAUCGGCGCUGUUCUUCUACGUGGAAUCAUGAAGGCCUCAAUUCUCAGAUCUGUUCAUUCCGUCGCCUCGAGGUCCUCUUCGUCGAAGCACCUCUUGACCCGUAGCUUUGGGACUGAAUCAGUGCCGGAAAGGAAAGUGGCCGUGCUUGGUGCUGCCGGUGGGAUUGGACAGCCCUUGGCGCUUCUCAUGAAGCUUAAUCCACUUGUCUCCCAGCUUGCUCUCUACGAUAUUGCUGGUACUCCUGGUGUUGCCGCCGAUGUUGGUCAUGUUAACACUAGAUCCGAGGUUACUGGCUACGUGGGUGAGGACCAACUCGGUAAAGCUUUGGAGGGAUCUGAUGUUGUCAUCAUUCCUGCUGGAGUUCCAAGAAAGCCCGGCAUGACCCGUGAUGAUCUCUUCAACAUCAAUGCUGGCAUUGUUAAAUCACUUUGCACUGCCAUUGCUAAGUACUGCCCCAAUGCACUUGUUAACAUGAUCAGCAACCCCGUCAACUCAACUGUCCCAAUUGCUGCUGAGGUUUUCAAGAAAGCUGGCACUUAUGAUGAGAAGAAGUUGUUUGGUGUUACUACUCUUGAUGUUGUCAGGGCCAAAACCUUUUAUGCUGGGAAAGCAAAUGCUCCAGUAGCUGAGGUUAAUGUGCCUGUUAUUGGUGGCCAUGCGGGCAUCACCAUUCUUCCACUAUUUUCUCAGGCUACCCCGAAAGCAAAUUUGUCAGAUGAGACUAUUGUUGCUCUCACCAAGCGAACUCAAGAUGGAGGAACGGAAGUUGUGGAAGCAAAGGCCGGCAAGGGUUCUGCUACAUUAUCAAUGGCCUAUGCUGGUGCCCUUUUUGCAGAUGCUUGUCUCAAGGGACUGAAUGGGGUUCCAGAUGUUGUGGAAUGCUCGUUUGUGCAAUCAACUGUCACUGAACUUCCAUUCUUUGCUUCAAAGGUGAAGCUUGGAAAGAACGGAGUAGAGUCAGUUUUGGGUUUGGGCCAUCUCUCAGACUUCGAGAAAGAAGGUUUGGAAAAGCUGAAGCCCGAGCUCAAAGCUUCAAUUGAGAAGGGAAUCCAGUUUGCCAACAAAAGUUAGAAUGUGGUUGUAUUAUUUACAAUCCGGACAGGUAUCUCUUGCCCACGUUACCAUAAAACUCAUCCAUUUUUUCUUUUCCCACCCAACUGUAACUGAUGAUGCUGCUUACGAGCAACCGGCUUUACUUUUUUUGUUAGAGUAGUUCACUUCCCUCGUAUAAGUUUUAUCAAUAAUUCCCGGUGGCAUAUUUUUGAGGGAUCUCUAUUUGAAUCUUCGAUCUUUAAUAUGAAGAAUCAUCCAACCAUUUGGACUG